AUGGCUGCCCCUGUGUCCUCGAGUGGCCCGUCCACAACACCGUCCCUGGCCCGAGUUGACGCCCGGGACCCCGAGACCACAGCGGACGUGGUCCAGGAGUUUCUCGAACGGGACGGUGCCGUCAUUGUGACGAACCUGAUCACCGCCGAACAGGCGGCGCAGAUCCGCCGCGAUCUCAAACCGCAUUUCGACGCCGACGGGGGCGACAAAAGCGGCUUCUUCCCCAACACGACGCGGCGGGCCAUUGGGCUCUUGGGCAAAUCGGCCACGUGCGUCGACCUGGCCCUCAACCCCCUCUUCAACGAGGUGGCGUCCCGACUCCUGACGUCCAAGUUCGAGUACUGGAUCGGCCAGGAGAGGCAGGUGGCCGUAUCCAAGCCGCAGAUCUCCAGCACCGUCGGGUUCCAGGUGAACCCGCGCAGCAGGCAGCAGGGCCUGCAUCGGGACGACAUCGACUACCACGUCCGCUCGGGCCAUGACUCCGUCCUGAUUGGCUGCGUGGUCGCGACGGUCAAGACGACGCGAGAGAACGGCGCCACCGUCCUCAUCCCGGGCUCCCACCGCUGGAAGGACGAUCGCUGCCCGUAUGACCACGAGGCUGUGCCCGCUGAGCUGGAGCCGGGCGAUGCCACCAUCUUUCUCGGGAGUACAUACGUGAGUCCCUGGGCAGACGUGUCUCUUGUCCCUCUUGCUGCGGCGGCACUGACAUAUGUACCUCUUUUGCGGUCUAGCACGCGGGCGGCGCUAAUCAGACGACGAAUGUACCGCCAAGUCGAGAACCAAUACCUGACCGUUCCGCCGUCGGUGGCGUCGUCGCUCCCCACAAAGGCGCAGCGCCUGCUCGGGUACGGGGUGAGUCCGCCGUUCUGCGGCUUCGCCACGGAUUACAAGGACCCCAUGCAGGAGUUGUUUGGCGUCGUGGAUGCCGAGACGGUCGUGUUGUGA